AUGUCUCACAAACUUGCAAUUCUCACAUUUACUGCCAUCAUUACCAUUGGAUAUGGUGUCGAACUGAGCAAUUAUGAUAUAAGCAGAAACAGGAUAAACGGCGCUCGUAACGGAGCAAAUUACGGGUAUCCGUACGGACAUCGCCCUGGGCAGUAUCCUGGACAGUAUCCCGGGGGAUCCGGGCUGUAUCCUGGAGGACACUAUCCCGGCGGACAGUAUGGCGGACAUCAUCCGGGAUUAGAGGGACCCCCUGGUGCACAUCCCGGAUGUCCUCUAUGUGAUUCGUCGGUCUACAGCUACUGUUCACAUAAACAGGCUCAUGACUCUUGUUGCUGCGAAAAUAAUAACUACUAUCCAUUUGGCUGCCGUAAAUCCGACUGCAAUUUCAUCUAUGCGAACUCUUGCCAAGAAUACCAUCUUAUAACCAGAUGUUGUUGUGUCGACUUAGAGAAAAAUGCCGUCGGAGGCCCCAUCGUACCGGCUGUAGUCCCUGUAGUAGCU